AUGACAUGCAAAGAGGGGACGUCCAGUCACCGUCACGACUCCAGAAGCAGUCAAAGCCGUUCGAGAGAAAAUCAGACGCACUCCGGAAGAAGCAUGAGAAAGAUGGCAAAAGAAUACCAAAUGAGUCAAGGAUCGAUGAGAACUAUUGUCAAGGACAAGCUGAAGAUGAUUCCCUACCGUAUGCAGAAAGGAGCUUUCCUCAAUCAAAAAAACAAGACAUUCCGGAUGAAAAAGGCUCGAAAGCUGCUCGCUGGCACGAAAGAUGGCUCGCAUCUGACGACGCUAUUUACCGACGAGAAAAUCUUCACUGUGGAGGCGAACAAGAACGGCCAAAACCAUCCGAUCAUCGCUACUGACUAUCAGAGUGCCUGUGAAAAAGAAAAAAUUCUGAAUAAAACUUCGCAUCCGGCUUCCGUGAUGGUUUUUUCCGGAAUUACCGCUGACGACAAAACUCCGCUGAUUUUUGUGGAUCCUGGAGUCAAAGUGAACCAAGUAUACUACAGGGAGACGAUUCUGAAGUUGGGGGUGUUGCCCUGGGCCAAUUCUCACUACGGAAACCGACCAUGCACCUUCCAGCAAGACGGCGCCCCCGCUCAUCGUGCCAAAAGGACUCAAGAGUGGUAUCGCGCCAAUUUUCCGAGUUCAUCUCGGCUGCUGAUUGGCCUGCUUCCUCGCCCGACCUCAACCCGAUGGACUAUGCCGUGUGGAUAUAUCUGA